CCCUCCUAUACUUCCUCAGGAAAAAUAUGAAGAAGGAACUUGAUCCCAGGGUAUUCAGUGUGGGACAGUGUACGGAAGAGACAACUCUGCUCUAAAUAUGGUUCAAGAGUUCCAGCACAACCUCUGUCUUCUCUAUCCCUAUGGUGUCUAGGAUCUUGAGUUCUUGGCUUUACAUUGACUCCAUGAACAGGGACCAUGCUCCUUCACAUCACAAAGCUGAGGCUGAUGGUAUUAUUGUGGACUUGGCUGCCUGGAUUGAACUCUCAGGAUCUGGAUCCCAGUGGGAAAAAUGUCUGUAUAUCUGAUGGUGUCACCAAGGCCUUAGUGUGCUGCCCCGGCUGGAAACAGGAAGGGCGAGUGUGUACAGCUGCUAUCUGCGAGGGAGCGGAUGAAUGCAAGAAAGAUGAAGUCUGUAUUAGACCAGGAGUCUGUCGCUGUAAGCCAGGAUUCUUUGGAGCUGAUUGCAAUUCACCUUGUCCUGACCAGUAUUGGGGUUCAGACUGUAAAAAGAGGUGUUCCUGCUAUCCCAAUGGGAAAUGUAAUGGAGUGACCGGACAAUGUAUCUGCUAUCCUAAUCGCUGGGGUCUGGAUUGUCAGCAUACCUGCCACUGCAACCAAAGGGGAACUUGUGACCCUGUCACUGGAUCAUGUCAAUGUGAGCCAGGCUGGUGGGCCCAGCAUUGCACUAAGCAAUGUUUAUGUAACUUAGAAAGUUCUCACUGUAACCAGACGAAUGGUCAGUGUGUAUGCAACAGCGGAUGGUGGGGCCAGAGAUGCGGUAUAAAAUGCAACUGCAACAAAUCACCUUGUUUGCAAACCAAAGGAACCUGCAAAUGUCGAGAAGCAUGGCAUGGUCCCAGAUGUGAAUUCCACUGUGACUGUGUGCAUGGGAAAUGCAGUCCAAUCAAUGGUGAAUGUGAUUGUUACAUCGGCUACCAAGGAAAGAGGUGUGCAGAACCUUGCUCUUCUGGAACUUAUGGACCUAAAUGUGAAAAGAGUUGUGGAAGAUGUAAACAAGGACAGACAUGUUCCCCACUGGAUGGCUCUUGCCCAUCAUGCGAACCUGGCUGGAAUGGUACAAGAUGCGAUACGCCCUGUUUGCCUGGAUAUUAUGGAGAGGACUGUGCACAGAGCUGCCCGAAAUGUCGCGGAAAUGAAGUAUGCAGCCCAGGGACAGGGACCUGUCAGAACUGUGAUCCUGGGAAGAUGGGACCCCGGUGUGAAUUCAGCUGCCCAGAGGGAAGUUAUGGGGAGAGAUGUCAGCAUCUGUGUCCACUGUGCAUUCAUGGGAGCUGUGACCCAGUAACAGGGGACUGUGUCUGUGACUUGGGACACUGGAGACAGAGCUGCAAUGAAACAUGUCCACAUGGCUUUUUUGGAUUCAACUGCUCAAGUGCUUGUGAAUGUGAUGGUGGUCCUUGUAACCCACUCUAUGGAACUUGUCUGCUCACAUCCAGCCAGAAAGAGGCAAUAAUCGCUGGAGUUCUCAUUCCCAUAUGCCUGCUGUUCAUCCUCUGCUGCUGCUGCUGUUGCUGCUGUGGGAACAAUCAAAUGGACAAUAAACAUAGAGUGUCUAAUGGAGACGAAGGGUGUUUAUCAAGAAUGAAGCACAAUUUCCAGGGUGCCUUAGUGAACAUAAGCUCCCUCUUGCCGUGCUGUUCUGUUGGGAACAAUAAAGUUUCCUGGGUUACUGUUUCUCACCAUGAUACAGAACUUCCUUUCAACCACAGUUUCAUUGAAUCCCCCUCCACUGGCUGGAUCUCCGAGAACUCAUUUUCUUCAUUUGAGUCUGAUGAAGAAGACCCAGUCUACUGUGUUCCCCCCAGAGAAGGGUUAUCUGUUGCUGACCUUGAUGGAUUUCAAGAGAUAAGUUCUAAAUGUAAUGUGUUUCCUGAAGCAAUGGCUCUCAGUGCAGAAGAGGCCUGCCUUCCAUUUUCUAUUCCCAGGACAUCAAGUAUUGCCAAAUCGAAAAGACCAUCUGUGUCAUUUGCUGAAGGGACCAAAUUUGGAAGUAGAAGAUCUUCCACAACUGAUACACCUAACCUUGCCAGGAAGCCAAAACUAGCCAUGAGCCUCCCAAAACUGCCAUCUAUACAGUCUCAGACACUUAGAGGAAAUGAGUCACAGCAGUAUGACGAUAGCACUGAUAAUUAUGACAUAGUAAGCCCUAAUCCAGAACCAGAAGAUCAUCCAAAGCUUCAGAGGUGUGCUCCAGCUGGGAGACGAAGGACAAUGUCUAAUGCUCAAAAGCCAAUCUUUAAAGCUGAGUCAACAGAUUCUGGAUUAAAAGAUUUAAGUGCAGAAGCAAAAAAGAAAAGUCAUAACCUUACAACUGUGUAUGUGAGUGUCGGUCCACCUCGAAAGUCUUACAAGCCUCGAAGAAGGUCAGAGGGCAAUAUGGAGGGGGCGGUCCAGGCUGUUCUGAAACGCUUUGGCAGUUUUCAGAAAGGUAUUCCGAAACCUGUUAGAAAAAGCUUGUUGCAGCAUUCAAAUGCCAGACUUUCACAGAUAAAGACCACUUGUGAGGAAGAUUUAAUAGUCACAGAUAAAGAUUUUCCUGUUAGUAAGUUACUGGACAAUGCAAAUAAGAAUUCAGUUAUUCAAACAUCCUCCAUCCUAAAUAAAAAUGAUCCUGAAGAUGGACAUGGAUCUGAGCGGACUGGUAGCUCUGGGAAGCUGGAAAACAUGUAUUCUAACUUGCAGGAACCAUUAAUCCUGCAACAAGCUCCGAAUAGUGAACACAUUUACCAAAGUCCAGAUGAAAGGGAAGAUUCAGAGCCAAAGUAUGAAAAUGUUCCCGUAUCUAAAAGUUUUGAGGACAAUGAACAGGACCCAUCUUCUCUUUAUGAAGAUGCUCAAAUGACAUGUGAAACUUCCAGCUCUUAACGGACAAUUUGUUGUAUAUAACAAACAGUAAUUACAUAUUAUUAUUUGUGGUUUUAUAUCAACAAAAAUGUAUGUGAGCUGUUUUCUCAUUUUUUUAAAAAAACAAAAACUGAUAAUAAAAUUCUCUUGAUCCCUUG